UUAACCCAAAAAAUACUCUCUUUUUUCCCAAAUUUAAAGUUAAAUUUUAAAAAUCAAUUGACAUCUCAUAUCUACCGACACUUAAAAGUCUCUGUUCAAUUUCUCCGUGUUGCGUUUAAUACGUGGCAUAUAGAUUAGAUAGAUCCUUUCUUUUUUUCUAUAAAUAGAUUCUCAAAAUUUUGGAUCUGUUGUAAUAUCCAGAACAUAUCUAUUUCUUCAUUGUUCAUAUUGGGCACUGAGUUUCUUGGUGUUUGGUGAAAAGGAUAUCUCGGAGAAAUUGAAGGCACAUUGACACGCGGACAAUUUUGGAUAGGAAGCGGAAACAACUGUUAUUGCCGGGGAAGAAGAAGAAAAGAUGGAAAAGGAAGAACAACAUCUCAAAGUCGAGAAAGAGAUAGAGAAGUCCGAAGAUUUGAAGGAGAAAAAGAAAGACAAAAAGGAUAAAGAAAAGAACAAGGAGAGUGAGGAGGAGUCGGAGGAUGAAACAAAAAAUGUAAAAGAGAAGAAAGACAAGAAGGAGAAAAAGGAUAAAGAAAAGGAGAAGAGCAAGGAGGAGUCGGAGGAAGAAACCAAGGAAGAGAAGGAUGAUGAAGAAGGGGAGAAAAAGGAUAAAGAGAAGAAACUUAAGAAGGUUAAGAAAGAAAAAAAGGAAAAAGUGAAGAGCGAGGAGGAGUCGAAGGGAGAAAAGGAUGAAGAAAAAGUGGAGAAGAAACUCAAGAUAGUUAAGAUUGAGGAAAAGGAAAAAGAGAAGAAAGACAAGAGCAAGGAGGAGUCGGAGGAAGAAACCAAGGAAGAGAAGGAUGAUGAAGAAGGGGAGAAAAGGAUAAAGAGAAGAAACUUAAGAAGGUUAAGAAAGAAAAAAGGAAAAAGUGAAGAGCGAGGAGGAGUCAAGGGAGAAAAGGAUGAAGAAAAAGUGGAGAAGAAACUCAAGAUAGUUAAGAUUGAGGAAAAGGAAAAAGAGAAGAAAGACAAGAGCAAAGAGGGGUCGGAGGAAGAAAAAGUGGAGAAGAAACUCAAGAUAGUUAAGAUUGAGAAAAAGGAAAAAGAGAAGAAAGACAAGAGCAAGGAGGAGUCGGAGGAAGCAACGAAUGACGAAAAAGGGGAGAAGAAACUCAAGAAGGAAAAGAAAGAGAAAAAGAACAAAGGAGAGAAAGACAAGAUCAAAGAGGAGUCAGAAGAAGAGAAGGAUGUUGAAAAAGGGAAGAAAGACAAGAAAAAAGGGGGGUUGGAUGAAGAGAACAAGAGCGAAGCAGAGGAAGAAGAGAAUGAUGAAAAGGGUGUAAAGAAGGAUAAGGAGAAGAAAGAGAAAAAUGAUAAAGGAAAGAAAGAUAAGAACAAAGAGGAGUCAGAGGAAGAGAAGGAUGAUGUAAAAGGGAAGAAGAAAGACAAAAAGGAUAAAGAAAAGAAAGACAAGAGCAAAGAGUUGUCAGAAGAAGAUGAUGAAGAGAAGGAUGAUAAAGAAGGCAAGAAGAAGGAUAAAGAAAAGAAAGUCAAGGCGAAUGCAGCUGAAGUCGCCACAAGAGAGAUAAAAGUUGAGGAAGAUAAGAAAGUAUCCGACGGUGAAGCAGAAGAGAAAAAUAAAAGCAAGAAGAAGGAGAAGGAAGGUAAGGAUGAGAAACAAAAGGAUUCGAAAAAAGAUAAAGCUGAGAAGAAGAGAAAACUCGAGGACAAGUAUAAAAGCAAAGAUCUGAGUAAGUUGAAAUCCAAGUUGGAUAAGAUCAAUGCCAAACUGGAAGCUCUUCAGCUGGAAAAAGCAGACAUCCUGAAGACAAUAAAAGAAACAGAAGAUAAGAACUUAGCAGUGGUUGAGAGUUCCAAAGAUGCAGAAUCAAAGGCACACGACGAGUAGUCGCUGAACAGUGAGUAGUAUAUUUUCAUAAUACUGUUACGUAUACUAAUACAGUGUUUGUGUAUCCUUUUUCUUCCACUGUCAUGUAGAAAUGUACUGUCUUUGUCUUAAAUAAGUUAAAAAGUAUAGAUGAUAUUUGUAUUAAGUUCUCAUAUAUUUUGACAUUCUGCAAUUCAUCUUAA